AUGCACAUGAAUCAAUCCAGCCUCGAUAUAGCCAUCAAAAAUGGUGACUUCUUCAACCUCUCCACGGGCGACUGUCUGCAGCUCCUGAAACAAGAAUACGCCGUCGAACUCGACUGGUUAAAAACUGCUUACUCGGUCCCAGGCCCAACAAGUGAACGUUUUAAUACCCUGUCUCCCUCACUGCACCUAUACGACACCGAGUUUGACGAAGUGAAUAGGACUUUGGUCAGCGUUCUCUCCCUCCGCUGGAUUUACAACAAGGACUAUGAUACCUUCGUUAGCCACCAAGUACCACAUAUCAAACUCACUCGCGAGUCGUUUAAUUGGAUAUCUACUUUCUUUCACAAUAGGAUUGAUGAUAGUAGCAGCGACGAUAUAUACUCACUCAUUACUUCUAUAAUUAUCAACGACCUAGGGAAAUCUGAGUCCUUGAUAACAGAAUUUCAACGGGUUACAAACAUCAAUAUCUCGAAGCUCAAUCAUGAUAUGAUCCUUUAUCAAGUCGUCAACAAGUAUCCCCACUUAGUCCCUUCAAUAUCAAAACUCCCACCACCCCGUAAAGCGGAUUUGAUUCUGGGAAUUCAACUCGGGGCGGAAUUCAAUUUCGGUCAAUUAGCAUAA